UUUAUUUUUGGACCUGACGAUACCAUUCUGCUAGUGUGGUUAUCAAUAUUAACAGUCAGCAUCUUGUACAACUUGUGGACCUGUAUUGCCAGGGAGGCAUUUACAGAAAUAUACUCGAGUCACCUGGCGGUCUGGAUCGCAACAGAUGUUUUGUGUGAUCUAAUAUAUUUUUUUGACAUUUUUGUUCAAUUCAGAACCAGUUUUUUAGAGCAUGGAUUAGUUGUCUACGAUCACAAAAAAUUAAAUAGACGUUACUCACAUUCGAAAGAUUUCUACCUUGAUAUUAUUUCCCUCACGCCUCUGGACUUUCUGCAAAUCUACACUGGCAUUCAUCCAAUUUUGAGAUUUCCUCGAUUCCUCAAGGCAUAUCGGCUGUGCAGGUUUGGGUACAUGGUUGAAACAAGAACUGCAUACCCAAACAUGUGGAGGGUGACAAACUUGAGUCACGUGCUUUUUCUCGGUUGCCACUGGUUUGCAGCUUUUUAUUUUUUAAUGUCACGACAUGAAAAUUUUUCAACCUCUUGGGGAUAUUCAGUAAAAGAUGAUGAUUUAAAUUCUGCUGCUCAAAAAUAUCUUCAUUCAUUGUACUGGUCCACACUGACGCUUACAACAAUCGGUGAUAUGCCAUGUCCUGAAACCAGCUGGCAGUUUGUUUUCACAAUAAUGAGUUACUUGAUUGGCGUGUUUGUCUUCGCGACCAUAGUUGGACAGGUUGGGAAUGUCAUAACGAACAGAAACGCAAGUCGACAAGAGUUUGAAAAACAUUUGGAUGGUGCGAAAACUUACAUGAGAAAUCAUAGCGUUCCAAUCGACAUGCAGAAACGAGUGCAACGAUGGUAUGACUAUUCUUGGAGCAGAGGUCGAAUGAAUGGCGGAGGUGACGUGAACUCUCUCGGCCUUCUUCCUGAUAAACUACGAACAGAACUUGCUUUGUACGUCAACUUGGAAACCCUUAAAAAAGUAACAAUAUUCCAAGAAUGCGAGCCAGAAUUUCUGCACGACUUGGUGUUGAAGAUGCGAGCAUUCAUAUUCACGCCUGCUGAUCUCAUCUGCAGGAAGGGUGAGGUUGCCAGGGAGAUGUUCAUCAUUGCUGACGGGCUGAUCGAGGUCGUCAGUGAUUCUGGAGAAGUUUUGAAACAAAUGAACGCUGGCGAUUUUUUUGGUGAAAUUGGAGUUUUAAAUCUUGAUGGAGUUAAUAAACGAACAGCUGAUGUUCGGUCGGUAGGAUACUCAGAACUUUUUGUGUUGUCACGUGAUGAUGUUUUGGAGGCAUUCAAGGACCAUCCAGACGCAGAGGUGAAGGGUGUAGAGCACAUAUUAUAA